GCAUUACCGAAAUACUGCUUAAAAUGAUUCAGAUUUAUGGCUUAUUGAUUCAACUUCUUUUCACUUCUUGCUCGCUGUAAUCUCCAGAACGGAUCAUUCUGUCCUUGAUUGAAUUGCGAAAGAGAUGCUACCGCGAAGAGAACGCCUCGCUACAAGAAGUGGAGAACAAGCUGAAGGAGCGCAUCGUCCAUUUAGAAGGCAAGAACGCGCUGGUGCCGCAUGCGCAUCAGAAGCGCUUCACAUGCGAGGAGGUGGCGCGGUUGGUGCAGGAGAAGAACAAGUACAAGGAGCAGUUCAUGGAGCUCCAGGACGAGAUGCGCGCCAUACUCUCACAGAAUCAGCGCGUCGUCGUGCAGCAGCGCCGCGGCCGGUCCAGCUUCUUCAAAUUCUUCAGUGGCCUGUUUGGGAGCACCGGCAGCCGCGAGAACAGCGCCGUCCGCUACAACAACGACCACACCCUCCCGCCCUCGCCGGGCGGCGGCACCAUGUCCCCCUCGCAGUAGAGCACCGCGUCGCGAUCUCCUCCCGCCUCGGAAGCGGCGCCCAUCGACACCGCCGACGUCGUCGACCUCCAGGAACAUUAUAAACGGAUUGCUACGGCGGCGGAGAACGGCGGGACGCCGCAGGAAAGUCCUCCCACCGGCGACCGGGGAUCCUGUGGGUCCAUAAUUCAGGGCGAUCGGCCGGGAAGGAGACGCCGAGUGGGCGGGUGCAGGCGUUCGGAUGGAGUGUGCCGGUGGUCGCGGCAAGCGGAGCUGGUAUUGUGUUUGGCAGUGUCGUCGUCCCGAAGCCUCUCUACUCCCGGCCGUUGGUGGAGAAGGAUCCCGAUAUGAAGAUCUGGUGUGCAGUGGGCAUUCAACUGCCACCACGCACGCCGACCGCCGAUGCGACCGAACCGGGCUCGGAUGCCUUGCGCGAACAGGCGUACGCAGUCGCCUCGUCCGUCAUCUGGAUCUGCAGUUCCACCCACUCCAGUGCUCCAGUGGCAAGGUGACCGUCAUGGACGCCAACCGAGAGCUUCCCCGUCUGUUCAUCGCAUCUACUGUGCAUGGGUUACGUUCCAGGCAUUCAUGACGACGUGGAGAUCCCGGUGCCGGUGGAGAAGCCGGAGGCCAGUCCGGAGAAGAAGGCCAUCGAACAUCCGCUAAUGAGCACCGGCGGACGGGGACGCAGUACGGAUCUGGGGAAUAUUCUCUUCGUGUCCUGCGCGACGGGAUCGUCGCCGCCGGUCAAGAGCGUUGCCAGCGCAGCGGUGGGACACAUGGCAAGCAAUGCACUGCCCAGCGACGCAAGCGUGAACAAUGCAACAGCGGAUCUGUCGAGCGAGAUGAGCGCGAAGUGGGAUCCCAGUGCGGAGAGCUGUAGUGACCACAUUCCCGUUGACUCCGAUCUGGGCCGCGCCCGGGUGGAGGGUACCGUGUGGAUCGGCAGUCAGAAUCGUGGGUUGUACAUUUAUCACGCGUCGCGGAUAUAUCGCAAACGCCUCAGCAAGGUGAUCCUGGACGACGCGGUCCUCUGCAUUGUACAUACGACGGGCCGCGUGCUGGCCUCGUUGGCGGACGGGCGCGUGGCGGUGUUCCGGCGGGUGCAGCCGGGUGGCUGGUGGGACACGACCAACUACCACCUGCUGAGUCUGGGCCAGGCCGACCACGCCAUCCGCGCCAUGAGCAUCGUCCCGCCGCCCUAUCCCGACUACAUCCCCGGCAUCCGCCGCAGCCCGGGGGCGGCUGGCAGUGAGCAACGGGACUGCGUGUGGGCCGGUUGCCGGAACAAGAUCCACGUCGUCGAUCCCCUCUCCAUGAAGAUCCUGGUAAGGGUCGCUUGCGCAUCUCGCUGGUGCGCAUCACGGCCAUGUCGGCCUCCUGCCGCGCCUGUGGAUCGGCACCAGCACCGGCGUCCUCCUCUUCAUUCCCCUCAGUUUCACGCCAGAUGCCAGCAACCCGGACAAGGAGGCGGCCAGUCGUAUCGAAGUGUCUGCCCGGGUGUGAUGACCCCCUGGCGCAGGUGUCGUAUCACGGACGCCGGGAGGAGGUCAAGUUCUUCGUCUCCAUUCCCGGAACGUACACACUCGGCGGGGCCACGCCUUCCAGCAACGACCCGAAGGCCAGCCAGGAGGACGCCAGUCUGCUGGUGUCCGGGGGUGAAGGCUACGUGGACUUCCGCUACGAUGACAGUGCGGAGAGCGGACUGGAGGAUUCUCCGGGCGGCAACGCGGAGCCGCGCAGUAUCCGCUCGCACCUGAUCGUGUGGCAGACGCCGACCACGCCCACCACCUCCGCGCCCCGAUCCUGAAGGAGAGCGACGGACACCCCUCCCUCCCCCGGGGGCGGCAGCUAGCAGGACAGGCGCAAUGCAACGGACAGCCGUGAUGGUCUCUAGUCGGUGACGCAGAUUAUGCAAGGAUGGUUUUGCCAGUUUAUUGCACUGACCUUUCGUUUGUACGGCUUCCAGUAUGGUGUUCAACAGUGUUUUCGUGUUCAUAGUGCUUUUACUUGUCUUUUAAUUGGAGUUUCUAUUUGAUUUUACUGAUUUUAUGCGUUUCUAAAUGGAUUUUUUGAUAUUUUUUUGUUUUUUUUGUGGUGGUAGUUUUCUGUGGAUUUUGCGAAUUUGUGAUUGGUGUUGUGUUGUGUUCGGGAAUCGUGAUUAUGGGAAAUGGAAA